CUGGCAGGCGGGGCGGAGAAAAUGGCGAUGCCCCCGGCCGCCGCGCCCCCCGCCGGGGCCGGGGAGCCGCCGGGGCCCCGCGCCGCCGCCGCCGCCGCCGCCGCCAGCACCGCGCCGCCUCUGGGCCUGCAGCAGCUGUCGGCGCUGCGGCCGGAGCCGGGCGAGGUCCCGCUGCACUCGCCCUGGACCUUCUGGCUCGACAGAUCCCUCCCUGGAGCCACAGCCGCUGAGUGUGCCUCAAAUCUGAAGAAAAUCUACACAGUACAGACAGUGCAGAUAUUCUGGAGUGUGUACAAUAAUAUUCCUCCCGUGACUAGCCUGCCUUUGAGAUGUAGUUAUCAUUUAAUGAGAGGAGAGAGGCGACCACUUUGGGAAGAAGAGAGUAAUGCAAAGGGUGGCGUAUGGAAGAUGAAAGUUCCCAAGGACAGCACGUCCACAGUUUGGAAAGAGUUGUUGUUAGCGACUAUCGGGGAACAGUUCACAGAUUGUGCCGCCGCAGAUGACGAAGUAAUAGGAGUUAGUGUCAGCGUCCGGGACCGGGAAGACGUCGUCCAAGUCUGGAAUGUAAAUGCCGCUUUAGUGGGUGAAGCCACCGUGUUAGAAAAGAUCUAUAAACUCCUGCCCCACAUAUCUUUUAAAGCAGUAUUUUAUAAACCCCAUGAAGAGCAUCAUGCUUUUGAAGGUGGACGUGGAAAACACUAAUUGCACUCUGUAAAGAAUUCUUUGUCCUUUGCUGAUUGGUUUUGGAAACGGUCUUAACAGGAGGGAGAGUGAAGAGAAGACUUGCCGAAGCCCGAUGCUGGUCCAUUUAGAGUGGGUUUCUGCCCUUGCAGAUUGAGCAAUUAGCACUCACAGUGGCAGGUGGGGUGCGGAGAUUGUGUGGGGUUUUGCCGUCACAUUACUCGCUUUUCUUUUUUUUUUUUUUUUUUCUUUUUUGGCUUUCUGAAUUUUCUGUUCUUUUCACUCCCCCCCCCCCUUUUUUUUUUUUGCCCUUUUAAAUUCCUCAUUCGGUCUGAUUAUUGUCUUCUAUUCCCCCCUUUCAUUGAGGCACAAGAAAUCGGUUUCCCUUUAAGUAGCUCUGCUGUACCUAGUUAAUGAGAACAUGCAUAGUCGUGACAGUAUUGCCUUUGAGAACCACACUGUCCUGGAGGAAUACUGGCUUGGUGAAACCUGUCUUUUGAUUAUCUGUUGUGACACAUUCCUGCACACUGUGCACUGGGCAUUGCUUUUUUUCUGUCCCAGGGCAAAGAAAAACCUUACUUAAUCUGAUUUUGCACUGACAUCACAGGCAUCUUUUGUUUUUUUCCCUUUUUAAGAUUUUUUUUUUUUUUUUUAGAGAUGAAAGGAAGUUAAUAGUUGGGUUGCCAAACAUGAAAACUAUAAUCACAGUUGAGUAUCAGGAUAUAAAUCAAACUAUAGAUCUUUGGACCCUCUGUGGAAAUAUUUUCCAACCAGAAUUUCAAUUUGGCCUUUUCAAAGGGAGGCUUAGAAUGGUAGCAAGGGGUUUGUCUCAAUAGGAAACCUGAUAAUUUCUGAUUUAAAAGAAGGUGAUAUUUUAAUUGUUUGAAUUAAGCUUCUUCCGAAUAUGGGGUGUGUGUACCCACUUAGGGCUUUCCAGAUCAACUCAGACACAUUUUGUUAAAUGAUCGCCUUUUCCUGCUCACAUUGUGUGUCGUCUGCAAUAAUGUCAUCCCCCAGCCUGGAUGGCGUUCCCCUGCCUUUUCCAUGUAGGAGCAGAAGUUAAAUCUCAUUUCCAGGAUGAAUGUGAACAUUCACAAAGUCGAACUCCAAAUGCAUUCUGUUCACAUUAAUUUUUGGAAUUGUUGAGAUACAUCGUAUGAUGUUACCAAAUAAACACCGAUUGUAGGAGAAGGCAAUGACCACCCUCCGGAACACUCGAAAUGUUCCGAUUUCCCUCCCUUGACUCUGCCAAGCCUCCUACUGCCUCUGCCUGAAAAAGGCAGGGCCACGUGGAGAUGUUUCCUCCUGCUGGCUUUUUUCUGGAGUCAGGGGAGCUAGGGCAUGCGUAUACGUUUCACAGCAGGGCAGUGCACUCCGAACGUCGUCGCGCCCAGGGAUUUUAAUUCCUCUUGCCGUGUUGACCAGCAGAGAGAGGGAGGGCUGCUUGCAGCCCCCAGCCUGUGUGUGUAAAUAAAAUUCUCCAUUCACACAUUUUACAGGAUUUCAAACAACGUCGUUUCACAAAAGGCGUGCCCUUCACUUGCAUUACUCACCACAUCAAUCGUAAUAACAAUGAUCAUGGCCUUUGUGGGGUGUUUUUUGUUUUGUUUUGUUUUUAAUGCUUUGUUUCUGACCUUGAGUUUCCUCAGUGACUUCAAAAUGAGGUAUCAGGAUAUCAGACCCAUUUUUCAGAAGCCUAGAACUUGCUCUUUUAAACAUUGUACUAACAUCCAACUUGUUUUUAAAUUAUUGAUCAAGGAUUUAAAAAAAUAUUCUGGGCAUGAAUUUAAAUUCUUUUUUAUAAGUAUUUUUCCGAUAGAUUAGAAGAAAGGAUAUAAUUGACUUAUCUCCAUUGUAAUUGUCAUAUAUAUUUCCAUAAGUAAAUGGAUUUUGAAGUAUUUUUAUUUUUGGACUUUAUUUAAAGCAUGGUGAUGACACAUUCAAGUGUUGCAUGUAUGUAGCUUUUGAAGUAGAAAAAUAAAAUGAAAGGAACAGGAAUGUUAGGCUCCCA